ACAAUAGCAGUUUCACACUAACUGCUCUCUCUUCCUUCCUCUGUCCGCCGGUGCAGCGCUCGUGCAACCCGUCCAUAAUCAAUCAUAACAUUUAUUAUAAAGAAUACGUGCUUUUACGUGACGAUAGCAACGGAGUCGGCGUCCAUAGAAACAGACGGAUGGAGCUGCUGCCUAUUCUGGAUCCGGAGGAGCGGCCGCAGAGCAGACAGUGGUAUGUGGUGGUGCCCACAGGAGCCGGUCCUGCUGUCUCUGUGGGUCACACCUGCACAUUUCUGCGCUCCAGUGAUGAAGGGAAGGGACGGAUUGUGAUCAUCGGUGGAGCCAAUCCUGAUGGAAGCUUCUCUGAGUCUUAUAUUAUCAAUCUAGAUGCUCAUGAAUGGGACGUUCCAGACUGGGUCGGGCUGCAGGCGCGCUACGAACACUGCAGCUUUGUUCCCGAGAGCGACCCGCAGAAUCUCUGGGUGUUUGCUGGAGCCGAGAAGAACGGGAACCGCAACUGUGUUCAAGUGUUGCGCACAUCAGCUGAUGCUGAAGGCCGUGGGUCGUGGCAGACGGUUCAGGUGAAAGGAACCGCUCCGACAGGCCGGACGUAUCAUACGAGCUCCGCCUGUGUCGGAGACAGACUCUAUGUGUUUUCUGGAGGAGACGCUGGAGCUUCGCCUGUCACUGACCCUCAGCUCCACGUCUUUGAUUCAGUCAGUGUGACGUGGCUGCAGCCGGAGAGCCGAGGGACGACUCCUGCACCGCGGCACGGUCACGUGAUCGCCGCCGUCGGCUCCAACAUCUACAUACACGGAGGACUGGCCGGAGAGAAGUUCUACAGCGACAUGUUCCUGCUCAACACCGAAACACUGAAGUGGGAGAAGGUGAGAGCUAAAGGAGACGUGCCGCCAGGAGUAGCAGCUCAUUCCUCCCUAACCUUCGGGAACAACAUCUUCAUCUUCGGAGGAAUGACAGCAGAUGGAGCCACCAACGCCAUGUACAAGUUUCAGAGCGAUAAACAGCGCUGGACGCUGCUGAGGUUUGACGGAGAUCUUCCUCCCAGCAGACUGGAUCACUGCAUGUGUUUAAUGCCGUGGCGUGUGAAGACGCCUGAAGAACACGGCGCUCAGUCACGUGACGCAGACGUGGUGCAUCUGUGCUUCAUCUUCGGAGGGAUGGACACUCAGGGCGUCAUGUUCAACGACUGCCUUGUUACUGUGCUGACAUGAACACUUAUAACUCUACAAAACUGGAAAACAUUUGCUUUCCUGAAAAACCCCUGAAUCUGUUAUAAAACUAGAUCUUGUGAUGGUUCACCAUGUGCUUGAUAAAUGAUUGGACGACACGCAUGCA